AUGACAGACUUGGGAUACCACUUCACUCUUACCGUAGACGGUCGGGCAGUCUUUGACACAAUUCCCAAUUCAAAUCCCUUCGAAUUCACAGGAGUGACGGUUCAUGCCUCUUUAGAUAAGAAAAUCCGCCAACCCGUCAAGAUGCGUAACUUUGUUAUUGAAGACACAGAGCGGACAAACUCAGUGUUGGAUAUGUCGGAUCUGGUCUCGGAGACGGCAGAUUUGACCUUGACGCGAAGUGCUCAGAGUAAAGACUGUAUUGAAGACCUCCCUUCGGACUUUGAGCAUAGUCUGGACAGAGGACAUUUGCUAGACAUGAAUCCUGCUCUUAUGAGAAAAGCUCCUCAACCACCUGCAACUGCGAAUGAAACUGUUGACGCUCCGAAAUCAAAGUCUGUUAGUAACGAGUUCGAGCCGUUUCAAGAAGCUGGAAUGACGAUUCUCGAGCCACCAGAAGAUGAUGACAAGGAGGAGGAAGUUUUCUCUGAUACCAAGCAAACGGACGCUUCUUCUAUCGCAAAUGAUAGUGCUCAGUCGCCAAACAGAAGCACUGAUGCUUCAGCAACACCAAGUAACAGUAGCCUUCCCUUCGUUCUAGACCCUGACAUGGAUAGUGCUACUCGUGAAUUGAUCCUGUCGCUUCUGGAAGAGGAUGAAGUCCGCGAACCAAGACCACCACCAGGAAGAGACACUAGACCAAGCCUACCGUUGGACUCUCUCGUUCCGCCUCCCUCUCAACGACUUUCUGAAAGACGAUCUGAGCCAAGCCCUUCUUAUCACCAACCAAGAAAGCAAUCUGAAACGAUCGUUUCUCCCGAUCGAAAGCGAAUGACAAUCGGAUCAGCUCCUGAAGCGCUUUCAAGGGAAUCAAAGCACACUCGUGUCAGACGACUCAGGCAUUGUCGCUCCCCAUCGCCUGAGCAUCCACUGCUAACGGAACAAAACUCGCGGGACGAAAAAGAACUGAUAGACCAAUUUAUAGCGAUGGGCUUUGAAAGGCGAGACAUCUCUUCCGCUCUAUUCUCCUGCCGCGGGAACGCCGAGAAGACGCUUGAUGUUUUAAUCAAUCUCAGAUAUCAUGAGUUUUAG